UUUCGCUGCACUGCCGGCGGGUCCCCGGCUCAGCAGCUGGACGCGGCAGCCGGGACGUUACCACCGCCGCCGCCAGAGGAGACAGUGGCUGAGCUAUGGGGCCAGCCGCCUCCUGACCACACCAUGGAGCCCUAACGAAGGCGUCUGCCCCUCCCCUCCCGGGGGAUUACCGCGAGGAUGGGAUGGAUUUAGGAAGCGACGCGUGCAGCAGCCGCUCCAGCUCCGAGUCCAGCUCCAGCAAAGUCACCCCUUGCUCGGAGUGCAAAUCCUCCCCCUCCCCCAGCAGCCUGGACUUGGCGGCCCUGGAGGACUCGGAGGAGGAGGAUUACCUGGGGUACGGAAGGAAGGGCACUGCCGCGUGGGAGGAGGACGGGCUCAGCACCGCCGGCUGCGAUGCCAAGGCUGCCAAGCGAAGGAGUUUGGCGGAGGAGCUGGAGGAUGUGAGACGCACCAGCGCCUCCAACACCAUGCCGCCCCCCGCCCCCAACGGCAACCCCCCGCCCCAGGACCUCCGGCAGAACGGCAACGUGGUGCCCCCCAGCCGCAGGACGGGACACCGCGGGGCAGGAGGGCGCAAAGCCCAUCCCCAGAAAGCCCAGCCGGCUGUGGGGAGGCUCCGCGGCGGAGGGGGGGUCGCCCCCGGGCACCCCUUGGACAGCUCCACGGGGGGCACUUGGCUGAAAGAGCAGGACCCUCAGCUCCCGACUAUGGACUGGGAGGCUUUGGAGAAACACCUGGCAGGGUUACAGUUUCAGGAACAGGAGGUACGAAACCAGAGCCAGAAAACAAACUACACCUCAGCUCAGAAAAAUGAGAGAGAGUCUAUCAGGCAGAAAUUGGCACUUGGAAGUUUCUUUGAUGAUGGCCCAGGAAUUUAUACCAGCUGUAGCAAAAGUGGCAAGCCAAGCCUUUCUUCUCGGCUACAAAGUGGGAUGAACCUGCAGAUUUGUUUUGUAAAUGACAGUGGUAGUGACAAGGAUAGUGAUGCCGAUGACAGCAAGACUGAAACAAGCUUGGAUACACCUUUGUCUCCAAUGAGCAAGCAAAGCUCCUCCUACUCUGAUAGAGACACUACUGAAGAGGAAUCCGAAUCCCUAGAUGACAUGGAUUUUCUCACUAGACAAAAGAAACUGCAAGCUGAAGCCAAAAUGGCUUUGGCUAUGGCAAAACCAAUGGCCAAAAUGCAAGUGGAGGUGGAAAAGCAGAACAGGAAAAAAUCCCCCGUAGCUGAUCUUCUGCCACAUAUGCCUCAUAUAAGUGAAUGCUUGAUGAAAAGAAGUUUAAAACCCACUGACCUGAGAGAUAUGACUAUUGGGCAGCUACAAGUGAUAGUCAAUGAUCUCCACUCACAAAUAGAAAGCUUGAAUGAAGAAUUGGUGCAGCUGCUUCUUAUUCGAGAUGAAUUGCACACAGAGCAGGAUGCAAUGCUGGUAGACAUUGAAGACUUGACCAGACAUGCUGAAAGUCAGCAGAAGCACAUGGCAGAGAAAAUGCCAGCAAAAUAAAGCAAGAAGCCAUCAGAAUACGCUAGCAUUUAUUUUGCUUCUGUGAUUGUACAAAUGCUGAUGCUCAAGGUGGCGCACAAGAAAAUGAGUGUUAGUCAUUGAUAAUGUCUGAAGCUUUAUGUCCAGUGAUUGGCCUCUGCUCCUUAAUUUAUUUUAAUUUUUUAUUUGUGCCACUAAAUAUCAGGCAUUUUAAUAAUAUUAUUACAAAAAUGUACAGUACUUAUAACAUUACAAACCAUGGAUAAGAAGAAAAGGUAGUUUACCUUUAUUUUUGUUUGUUUAGAGAUUUUAAGUUGAACAGUAUUUUACCAUUGACUACUUUUUAUUCUUCACUGUAGUUUUAAACAAAGAAACUGUAAUUGACGGUGCUAUACAAGUAAAAAGAAAAAAAAAUGCCUGCCUCAUAGUGAAAUUGUAGCGUUCAGUAAUAUGUAUAUUUUAAUCAGUUUUCAACAUUUUGUGAAUGUUGACUACCUGACAUUCAUUUUUAAAUGUGCUAUUAACAUUCAGUUGGAUUCAGAGAGUUACCUUGAAAGUUUUAUGUAUAAAUAUGUAAAAUAAAAUUUAAAAUUUUGUUUCAUAUGAUGUCUUUUUGUUGACUAGUGGUUGACUUAGGUGUUGCACCAGUAAUAUAUUCAUCCUACUAAAUGUGCAAUUCCUAAUUUCUCAUCACCAGAAAGAGCUUUUUUUGCAUAUUGCAUUUUACAAAAAAAAAA